GAAGAAUUUUAAAUCCGCAGACACAAUACGCUGCGAGUUCAAUGCUAAUCUAAAUAAUUGUGCACGGUGCAGAUACGGCUCAUUUUAUGUAUGUUUGACUGGCUCGUACGCGUUGUAAUCCUCGAGCGAAACUGGGUGAUUCUUCUCGUUGUACUUUAUGUUAUGAUGUUUCAUACUACGAUGCACGUUUAACUUGCCGCGACCGACCAUUAACAUGCCACGCUAGAAUUAGCGACGAUUCCAAAACUCGCGUAGCCUAGUUAAAGUAUACGCGAAUAAUCGUCGCUUUUUAAACAUCAAAUUGUAUUCCAAUACAUGCCGCAUUAAUUUCCAGAUUAUAGUAUUUUAUUUGCCGGUUUAAUUCGCUUCAGAGCAACGUUGUCAUAAUUUGUGAUUAAAUCAAGUUGGUUCAUGAUGUUGAAUUUUCCCGGAUUAAUAUCCCACUAUUCAUCCAGAAUACAUUAUGUCGAGAUGCAAACUGAAAUGGUUAUGCCUUUUCUCAAAGACUAAACGAACAGAAGCCAGCCUGGUCAUUUGAACGUAUUUUCUUAAACCCACUCUUGUUUAUAUGGUUAUCCUUUUUGGUGGAAUAUCGGCUACCAACAGCAGCCGACAGAGACGCAGGCGCAUGAAGGGGUAAACAUCCAAUGGAGCUUAAUGUUUGAAGACAAAUAAAAGCAAAGCUCGUAAUAUAGAGAAUUUAAAGGCGCUUUCGAGCUCGGGGAGGUCCUGAAGUCUGUUUUCGCCCUUUCCACGUGAUUGGCAAACUUGACAGUGACUGACAGGCAUCCGUACAAACUACGCAACCGAUCUGCCAAGUCCAAUAGAAAAUCAGCAGUGGGUUGAAUGUCUUUUUCCCUUCAAAAUCAUCACGGUUCUAGUUUUAUAUUUUCCUACUGUCGAACCCCCCAAAUUCACUGAUCGAGGCUGCCAUAGUCAGCCAGAGGGCAUCCCCUUCCCUUGUAUUUUUGACGGUUGAUUUUUUGACUGUGGGAUUGCAUUUUUGUUUGGAUCCGAGAGGCAUCGCUUGAGCGAAGGAGCGGGAGUGCGUGUGAGCAGAAGAGACCGCGGGGGAAAAGAGAAGCCUCCAUGUUUCAGCUGCCAAUCUUGAAUUUUAGCCCCCAGCAGGUAGCAGGGGUUUGCGAGACUUUAGAGGAGAGCGGGGACGUUGAAAGGCUCGGUCGCUUCCUCUGGUCGCUGCCCGUAGCUCCGGCUGCCUGCGAUGUGCUCAACAAGAAUGAGUCGGUCCUGCGAGCGCGAGCCAUCGUGGCCUUCCACACUGGAAAUUUUCGCGAGCUCUACCACAUCUUGGAAAGCCACAAAUUUACCAAAGAGUCUCAUUCAAAACUGCAGGCCCUUUGGCUGGAGUCGCACUACCAGGAGGCGGAGAAGUUGAGGGGCCGCCCGCUAGGACCGGUGGAUAAAUACAGGGUGAGGAAGAAGUUCCCUCUGCCCCGGACGAUUUGGGAUGGCGAACAAAAGACUCAUUGCUUCAAGGAGAGAAUCCGACAUUUGCUCAGAGAAUGGUACCUUCAGGAUCCCUAUCCAAACCCGAGCAAAAAGAGGGAGCUUGCUCAGGCUACCGGACUGACUCCCACACAAGUAGGGAACUGGUUCAAAAACCGCAGACAAAGGGACAGAGCUGCAGCCGCGAAAAACAGGCUACAGCAGCAAGUCCUAUCCCACGGCUCAGUUCGGUCUAUAGCGGAAGAUGACGGCACUCUGGAUCGACUCGGCACUGCAUCAAGUCCCGAGACCAGUCUUACCAGGAAAGCCGCCCCCUCGGCCGUCUCCUUGACUUCCAGCGACAGCGAAUGUGACAUCUAAUUGCGCGCCCGACCAGCCAGCGUGAGACCGGAUAUAAAAGAGAAAAUCCAUACGUUAGGAAGUGAACUGAUAGCUAUAAACCGCAAGAUGGAACAACAGUGCCUGCCUUAAGGAAUGAGGACAGUUUAACCCAAAGGCUGCCAAAUCGUCAGGCUUCAUCCGAAAUGCCAUGUCUUAACAAUGUAUAUAUUUUCCAUUUACAUUUUUUAAAAUCGAUGGUAGCUUUUCUAUAGACGCCCGUUUUAAAACACGAAAAAAAGAAAAAAAAGAAAAACGGUCACCUGAAAUAAAAUUAAACUGACAGACAUUUUGAAAAGAACAACAGCUCCCCUUUUUUAAAGGAGCCUCAAAUUGCACUGCAAAACAAUCGACAAGACAACACAGUGCGAGCAUCUGCACGUCAAGUCUCAAGGCUAUUUCAAGUUCUGCUCUCAUUUUUAUUCAGUCUUUUUUAUGGAUGUUUAUUCGCUUAUUUGAAUGAUUUAUUUAGCUGUUCAUUGUGCAGAGUUGAAACGUGUAGAAUACAUGUGUCUCUGAGUGGUGGUGGACAUAUAUAGGACUAUUUCAUUAAAAAUGUAAAAUAAAGAAAUAAUGUGUCCAUCAAAUGAAUGAAGAUGGCAUUUUAUUACAAUAGCGAUGAGCAGUGAAUACAUUAUUAUUAUUAUUAUUAUUAUUAUUAUUAUUAUUAUUAUUAUUAUUAUUAUUACUAUUAUGUGAUAUGACUUAUCAUUUUUAGAAAUCUAUCGAAGUCGGGUUAAUGUGGGCCUGCGGUAUAGUCAAAAUGUUACAGGUUUGUGGUAGUGGAGAUAUGGUUAAAGAUAGCCUAAAGUCAAAGAAUUAUGUUUGAAUAUAGAUCAGACAGUAAAAUAAAUUUUAAAGCGUCAUUGUUCAAAAUAUUUAUGAUUUUCAUCAUGACAUAAACAAAUCAAAAAAUAUAA